AUGAGACAGUUAUUAAGAGCUUCUUUUUCUGAUGCCACAGAUCCUCCUCGCGAGGGUGUCAUGAAUCACUUCAGCCAUCGUCAUCUGUUGCUACGGUUGCACCUUCUAGAGAGUGAAGGAAUCAAAUGCAACUUUUGCGAUAUCAUCAUCUCUGGUUGGGCUUAUGCUUGCGAGAAGCAGUGUACUUACCUUCAUGACUUGUGUAGUAAUUUCCCUAGAGAAAUUCGCCAUGAUUUUCACCCCGGCUUUGACCACACUCUUAUUCUCAGGCCCUUUCAAUCCAGAAGCGGCCGAGAGCAGUUUCGUUGCGAUGCCUGUGGUUCUGGUGAUUCUGAUGAAACCCUCUUCCAGUCAUACUAUUGCUGCGAGUCUUGCAAUUUCAAUCUACACGUUGAGUGUGCUUCUAUUCCCAUAGCCCUGAACCAAAAAGUGAGAUACCCUCUUCAUCUGUUCCUUUCCUUUCCAAUAACUAGUGAGGCUGCUACUCCCUUUUGCUCCAUUUGUGCUAAAGUUGUUCCUACUUCGGGUUGCUGGGUAUUUUAUAGCCAUGAUCAUGAUUACUUGUGUCACUUCGACUGUGCUGCUGUAGCGGAAUAUGGAAUGGAGAAAGAUUCAAUGGGAAAGCUUCAAAACCGGGUGCAAUCUCUGGCGAUCACGAAUUGUCCUCCUGCUCGUCCAAGUCAGCCAUGUGGGGGCGUCAAACAUUUCACUCACCGCCAUUCUCUCAAGGAAUAUAACCUGGAGAUGCCCCUGAGCUGCAGCUUGUGCAACUUUGCUGAUUCCUCAGGCUACUUUUGCAGUGAUUGCAAUUACUUUAUUGAUAAGAUUUGCUUUUCCAUUCCAUCCAAGAUUCAACAUAUGUCUCAUCCUCAACACCCUCUUAAAUUUACUCCUUUCUUAGAUCUUGUGCAUGAGGAUCUCAAAUGUUCGGGCUGCCUUGCUGAUUUCAAAUAUCGUGGAAUGGCAUACUAUUGUGCCCCAUGUAAAUUUAGUAUUGAGUUUUAUUGUGCUGGAGCUCCCAAAACGUUGACCUUGGUGGAUAAUGUAUCUUAUGAGCUCUUCUUUUCAUUCCCUUUCAAACACGAGAAUGCAGAGAUCGAGUGCAAUUUCAAAUUAGCUUCUGUUGGCCCUUUAACUUGUUAUAAAUCUCAAGCUAUUAGGCCUUAA